ACAACACUAAUCGGAGCAAUGUCCGUACAACUAGAUAGCACCGGAGAAAACAUGGACGAGUCCCUUCGAAUCCAAAGAUUCGAACAAAUUCCUUCGUCGUUAGAGUUCGAGUCUCUGAUCCAAUCCACAAACGUUCCCGCUGUGUUUACUGGAUGCGUUAAGGACUGGAAAGCUUUUUCCAAGUGGAAUCCAUCUAAUGGCGGCCUUGACUAUUUGCAGGAACGAGUAGGGUCUGGUAUUGUGGAGGCCAUGCUCUCAAAAUCAGCGCCUGUCUUUUAUGGUGACCUUAGAAGUCAUGAGAGGGUUCCAUUACCAUUUUCUACCUUCAUUGGUUAUUGUAAGCAACGAAUGCAAAACAGAGAUUUUGGUUGUGCCAAUUCUGAAUUGGAAAGUCAUGGCCUAAUUGGGAGUGAUGUAGAGCAUGCAGAAGAUGCUCCUGAACAAAUCUAUUUAGCACAGACACCAAUUAUGAAUGCUGAUAAUGAAGAGAAGGUUCAGUUGGAAACUUUGAGGGAAGAUAUUGAAACGCCUGCAUUUUUGGAGAGGAAAGCACUAGCAUCUAUCAACUUGUGGAUGAACAAUGCUCAAGCUAGAUCAAGUACUCACUAUGAUCCACACCAUAACCUUUUGUGUGUAGUUGCUGGCUGCAAACAAGUUGUCUUAUGGCCUCCUUCUGCUACUCCAGUGUUAUACCCAUUGCCAAUAUAUGGUGAGGCCUCAAAUCAUAGUUCUGUUGCUUUAGAAAACCCUGAUUUUUCAACUUAUCCAAGAGCAAAAUGCGCAAUGGAGCACUCGCAGAAGGUUGUUCUUCAUGCAGGUGAUGCACUUUUCAUUCCUGAAGGCUGGUUCCACCAAGUAGACAGUGAUGAUUUGACCAUUGCUAUUAACUUUUGGUGGCGAUCCAACAUGAUGUCUUCCAUGGAAGAGCACAUGGAUGCAUAUUAUUUGCGCAGAAUAUUGAAAAGAUUGACAGAUAAAGAAAUGGACCAAGUGCUACAUAAGACCUCUUCUACUAUAAUGGGGGACAUGAAGAGGCAUAUAUGUGAGCUGCCUAGUAAUGGAAAAGCAGAUCAUCGUGGCAAUGAUUUGGAUCAGGCUUGUGAGGAAGCAGAUUCAAAAGAAAAAGAAGUGCAGCAGAAGAAUCUGUUGCAGGACCUGGAACCCAUUGCUCUCCAGGUGCUUCAUGAAAUCGUUUCUCUGGUUCAUGACUAUAUUAACAUUUCUGAUCACAGUCAACUACUGCAAUCGACUUUGAUAGAUGAUUCUGCUGCUAGAGUGAAAGGUGAAUGCAAGAAAUUUGUGCCAGCUAAUUUAUUUCACUUGGAAGAUGAUCCAGUUGCUAAAAUUCUUUGGAGCCUUCAACCAAGUACCCUGCAACAUGUAUUUUUAGCUAUGGCGUACAAUUUCCCAAGAACUUUGGAGGCUUUGAUCCUUCAUUUGCUUUCACCAGUGGGGGCAGAAGUCCUUACACGGAAAUUUGAUGAGAUGGAUCAACAGAUCACUGAGGAAGAUAGGAACAAGUUCUACCAGGUUUUCUAUGGUGCAUUUGAUGAUCAAUUUAGUGCAAUGGAUGCAAUUCUGAAUGGAAAAGAGUCAUUUGCACUCCAGGCAUUCAAUAAUGUUUUGAAUAAAUACGUGGGAGUAAACUUGGACGGACCUAAACCAGGGUUUUAAUGACACUUUGGAACAACUGGUCCCUGCAGUAUCUCUAGAGAGAAAAGUACACAUUCAUGUUCACAGCAGAAACUUUUUCCCCAGUUGGUGCCUUCAUGUCAGCCAUCCACAAUUUUGUAUAUUAGGAAUAAUUACUUUGAACAGUUUUGUUGUGUAUAUCACUAUCACUAUUUCAUGCAACAGUUCUAUGCAAUGCCCCUUUCACAUAUAAUGAGACUGAUGGAUGUAGGUCCCAUUCAUAAGAGGACCAUUACAUAUACAUGUUACCAUAAUUUCUUGUGUAUCUCAGCUUUGUACAUGCUGGCUGAUCUGUGUUAUUUGACUUGCAAUGCAACUCUGAAUUGUUUCCUUAUUUAA